AUGGGCUGGCAACAAGCUCUGCAUGUCUCAGAAGUGCCAAAAGUCCGCACAAUUUACAUCAAUGAUCCCCUUAAGAAUGUUUUCUGCAAUAACUCAAUCAGCACAGCCAAGUACAGCAUGUGGUCAUUUCUCCCUCGUUAUUUGUAUCUGCAAUUUAGCAAAGCUGCCAAUGCUUUCUUUUUGCUCAUUACUAUAUUGCAGCAAAUUCCAGAUGUGUCUCCAACAGGGAAAUAUACAACUCUACUGCCUUUGAUGGUUAUUCUUAUAAUUUCAGGCAUCAAGGAAAUUAUAGAAGAUUGUAAACGGCAUAUGGCAGAUAAAAUUGUUAAUACAAAGACCACACUAGUGUUAAGACAGGAUUCAUGGCAGAUUAUUAUGUGGAAAGAGGUCAAUGUGGGUGAUAUUGUGAAGGCUUCAAACAAGGAGUUCCUUCCAGCAGACACGAUCUUGAUUUCUUCCAGUGAACCUCAGGCUAUGUGUUAUGUGGCAACAUCUAAUCUGGAUGGAGAGACAAAUCUAAAAAUACGGCAGGCUUUGCCAGAAACAGCUGAAAUGCAAAGUGAAAGGCAAUUGUUAAACAUAUCUGGAAGAAUAGAAUGUGAAGGACCUAAUCGUCAUUUUGACAGCUUUACUGGAACUUUGCACCUAUAUGGUAGAAGCACUGUUCCAAUUGGGCCUGACCAGUUAUUGCUAAGAGGCACACAGCUUAUAAAUACACAGUGGAUCAUUGGCAUAGUUGUCUACACUGGGUUUGACACCAAAUUCAUGCAGAAUUCUGUCAAAUCACCUCUCAAGAGAUCAAAUGUUGAGAAAGUGACCAACGUGCAAAUCCUCUUCUUGUUCCUUCUGCUUGUGGUCAUGGCUGUGCUGAGCUGUGUGGGAGCUGUGAUCUGGAAUCAAACGUAUGGUACAGACACUUGGUACAUGAGAAAAGAUUCUAGCUCUCACAACCUUGGAUUUGAUAUAUUGGUGUUCAUCAUCUUGUACCACAACCUCAUUCCCAUUAGUCUGCUGGUCACUCUGGAAAUUGUGAAAUAUGUUCAGGCCCAAUUUAUAAACUGGGAUGAAGAUAUGCAUUAUAAAGUAAAUAAUGUCUAUGCCAUGGCCAGAACAUCCAAUCUCAAUGAAGAGCUUGGGCAGGUUAAGUACUUAUUUUCUGAUAAAACGGGGACCCUCACUUGCAAUAUUAUGACAUUUAAGAAGUGUACCAUUGCAGGUAUAAUUUAUGGGAACUUUUUGUUAAUCUUUUCUGUUCUUCCCCAUAGUCAUCCACCUUCUUAUAUCACAGAGUCCUAUGAAUUUAAUGACCCCAAACUAUUGGAGAAUGUUGAGAGUGGCCAUCCCACAGAACACUACAUAAACGAAUUUUUUAUCCUGCUAUGUGUAUGCAACACUGUUAUUCCCGAGAGAGAUGGAAAUAAUAUAACCUACCAGGCAUCCUCUCCAGAUGAAGCAGCUUUAGUGAAAGGAGCAAAAAAUAUUGGCUUUGUUUUUACUACAAGAACACCCUACUCUGUCACCGUAGAAGUUAGGGGAGAAGAAUACAUUUUUGAAAUUCUUAAUGUCCUGGAGUUUUCUAGUGAUAGAAAAAGGAUGUCCGUAAUUGUCCGGACUCCUUCAGGAAAGCUUCGGCUCUACUGCAAGGGGGCUGAUACAGUGAUUUAUGAAAGACUUUCAGAAAAUUCUCUGUUUAUGGAGGAGACAUUAGCCCAUCUAGAAUAUUUUGCCAAUGAUGGUCUCAGGACUCUCUGUGUUGCUUAUACAGAUUUAACUGAGAAGGAAUAUAAACGGUGGUUGCAGAAGUAUAGAAAAGCUAGUAUAGGUUUACAAAAUAGAAUUCAAAGAAUUGAAGAAUGUUACGAUAGUAUCGAAAAGAAAUUUUUGCUACUUGGAGCCACAGCUAUUGAAGAUCGUCUCCAAGCACGUGUUCCAGAAACCAUAGCAACUUUGCUGAAAGCAAACAUAAGAAUAUGGAUCUUGACAGGAGACAAACCAGAAACUGCAAUUAACGUAGCAUAUUCCUGCAAACUGAUAUCAGGUAAAAUGCCUCGCAUUCAUUUGAAUGCAAAUUCACAUAAGGUAACACAACAAGUGAUAAAUCAGAGAUGUCAUGAUCUUGGAAACUUGUUAGGUAAAGAAAAUGACCUGGCCCUAAUCAUUGAUGGUGCAACAUUGAAGUAUGCCCUCAAUAUGGAAAUUAAGAAGAAGUUCCUGAGUUUGGCCCUCUCAUGUAGAGCUGUAUUAUGUUGCAGGCUGUCUCCCCUCCAGAAGGCUGAAAUAGUGGACAUGGUUAAGAGGCAUGUAAGUGCCAUCACUCUUGCCAUCGGAGAUGGUGCCAAUGAUGUGGGGAUGAUCCAGACAGCCCAUGUGGGUGUGGGAAUUAGUGGGAAUGAAGGCAUGCAGGCCACCAACAACUCAGAUUAUGCCAUUGCACAGUUUAGUUACCUGGAGAAGCUUCUGUUGGUUCAUGGAGCCUGGAAUUAUUUUCGAGUGACAAAAUGCAUACUGUAUUGUUUCUACAAGAAUGUAGUACUAUAUGUUGUUGAGCUUUGGUUUACCUUUUUCAAUGGAUUUUCUGGGCAGAUUAUUUUUGAACGUUGGUGCAUCAGCUUGUACAACGUGGUUUUCACUUCACUACCACCUUUAACCCUGGGAAUCUUUGAACAAUGUUGCAGUAAGAGCAGCCUGCUUAAGUAUCCACAAGUCUACACCAUGUCUCAGACAGGGGAAAUUUUCAACACAAAGGUGUUUUGGAUUCAAUGUAUAAAUGCUUUGAUCCACUCCUUCAUUAUAUACUGGUUUCCCACAAAAAUGCUUGAGAAUGAUGUUGUCUCACGAUGUGGUUACACUACAGACUAUUUGUUUCUUGGAAAUUUUAUUUAUACGUAUGUAGUUGUUACCGUGUGUCUGAAAGCUGGGUUGGAGACACUGUCUUGGAAUAAAUUUAGUCAUCUGGCAAUUUGGGGAAGCAUAAUUAUCUGGCUGCUGUUUUUUGUAAUUUACUCUUACGUCUGGCCUAUCCUUCUUAUUGCUCCUGAAAUGACAAGACAGGGCAAUAUGGUCCUCAUUUGUCCAGUCUUCUGGCUGGGUUUUGUCAUAAUCCCCAUUGCAUGCCUGAUGCAAAAUAUAAUGUGGAAAUCGAUAAGAAAUUCCUACAACAAGACUUUUCUAGAGGAGGUUCGGGAGCUGGAAAGAAACAAAGUUACAGGAUUUGAUAUUUCCAAACUGUUGGAAAGGAGGGCACAAGCAACAAAUCGCCAAAUGUCUACAAGUACCCAGCCCAGUGAGGUCAUCUUCCAGGACACUUCUGUUGAUCUAAGUAUCCCACGUGGGUAUGCGUUUUCUCAAACAGAACAAUCUGUGAUCACUCAGGAAGAACUAGUCCGUUGUUAUGACACUACUAAAAGUGAAAAGCAUAUGGAAAGUGAAAGAAAGACUUGA